ACAUACUUACAUGUAAGGUGAUAAUCCACGAUAACUCCCCAGUCCCAAGAAAAAGUUCAACAAGAUGGCUGUCGAAGUUGCGAGAUGUGUGCUUGGCUGUCUCUUUCUGUUUCAUUUGGCGACUGCCUAUGAACAGCUAGUGGUUUCUGACUGCUCUAAAAAUGCGAACCAUCCUUUGAAGUUGGUAAAUGUGGACUUCAGUCCGAUGCCAAUAAGUAUGCCAGGCACGAUGAGAGUGUCCUUCAAUGCUAAGGCGUUAAGAGACCUCACCUCCUCUAAAAUAAGCCUUUCAAUAUACCGGGAAACCUGGCUUAUGAACAUCCCUGUACCGUGUAUUAGGAAUAUCGGUUCUUGCGACUAUGACGACUCGUGUGUCGUUUUGGAACAAAUGAUAGAAGAAGACUGGCUGGGCAUUAGUAAAAUGAUGGGUCAACAGAUAAAGAAAAUGGUAGAAGACGCAGGAAAGUCAACUGCCUGUCCGUUGCGUGCCACAGAUAUAGAAGUUCGCGACUUUGAGUUUCGUCUUCCACAUAUUCCAAAGCCAUUGCUUUUCUUGGCAGGGGGCGACUACAAAGUGCGCGUGAUUGUCACCGAGAAUGCAAGUGGCGAGGAACUGAUGUGCACCGAUUUGAAAAUGUCGCUAAAUUGAUCCCAACAGCAGCAGAUUUCCGAUUGACCAAGGCAGUGCGUGCAUGCUUUGUUCAAUUUGAAUGUAACCACACUGCUCCCGAACACUUUGUUAUCUUCACCGUGUAUAUUUAGUGAUCCAAAGUGAUUUGUCAAUUAGAACUAUUUUUUUUUAUUUAAAAGUCAAUUUCUUUUUGCAUUUGUGAUUAAAACAAGGACGAUAACACUUGUUUGGAGACUUAAUUUGGGAGACAAGGAAUAACAGCUUCAAUUCGGGACUCGGAUGUGAACCAAAAUUUGUUUCUGAGAGAUUUACCAUUAUGAAAUAAAACUGAUCGCCAAAACAAA